AUGCAAAGAUUUAUCGUCGCCAUCAUGAUCUUUUCCAUGGCCGUCAUGGGCGCCGAUGAUGAUAGCUGGCUUUGGACUGGUGCAAAGAUUCUUGGAGGCGCCGCUGUCGGCGUUGUUGCUGGUCCAGCGAUUCUAGGAGCAGCCGGAUUCACCGCUGGAGGCGUUGCUGCUGGAACUGCCGCUGCUGCUGCUCAAGGUGCCAUUGGAAACGUUGCUGCUGGAUCGACAUUUGCAAUUCUCCAGUCAGCCGCUGCAACUGGCGCCGCCGCUACUUAUGGAGCCGCUGCUGGAGCCGCGGGAGCUGCUGCUUAUGAAGCAUCCAAAGAGAAGCGAAACAAGAAACGACCAAAUUAUUGA